CGCAUUCCUCCUCCAGGGAGAGCGACGAUGGUUGUAGAACACAUUGUUCUGUAAGCGAUUGUGACCUCAGAUGAGCGUGGAGCACCUGGAUCGGAUCUAUGAUUUUCGUGCUCUAUCAGGUUCAAGUGGAAGGCUGAUGCCCCGGCAGAUCUGAAGGCGUCGUUUGCGGCCGACGUGCUGGCGCUGCGGAAAUCGAUGGCUUUUAUUGUAGAGGCCAAGGCGGGAGAAACAUUCACGAAAGGUCAACGGCAGCAUGCUAGAAAGAGAUGCAGGCAGCAACGGGCAGUCAGGCCGGCCGGCGCCCAGACAUCUGUGGGCGUGUGUGUGUGUGUUUGGCUGUAUGCAGAGAGAAACCAGGGCUAUGACCACGUGAUAAUCAUCACCCUGCCCGACAGAGAGCACCUCCCAAAAUACGCUACACACGAGAGCCACGUCAGGCCUUUUGACACAUACUGGAGGGGCGAAAUGAUCCGUUUGUUGAUAUGGUGUAUAUGUUUGUGUAGGUUGCGUUGCUGGACAAGUACAACCCACACCUGGAGGGCAAGCUGGCCAUGGACAUCGAGCGGUGAUGAUACAUACCAAAGGCCUGCCUGGCUGGUCGAGAGAGAGAGAGAGAGAGAGAGAGGCGUGAGUGUGUGUGGCUCGGCGUGGCUGCUGUUCGCAUGAGUGUCUUCUAAGCUCUUUCGGACACAUGUCUGAUGGACCUGACUGUCACGAUGUACGUACGCUUUAUCAUAUCAUUGAUUGCAUCAAACAACCGUCGGUGUCGAUGGAUCAGCAUCCAGCCGUGUUGUGUGUCGGUCUUCCAAUUCACUUGCAAGGCCUGCCUUCCAUUCA